UAGCUAGAUGACUUAUGAGUGUGACGGCAGAGGAUGAUUGAGAUCUGAUUGGUAGUGGAUGUUCUCUUGCCUUUUCUUCAUGCUGAGCCACAGGGUCAUUGUAUGGUAUCGUUCACCAAAGACCAGUUUUGUUCCCAAAGACCUCAUGAUCCUUCUACAUCUUCUCCCUGAAAGGGAUGUUACUCUUUCGUUUGCUCAGCCUCAACACCACAACUUUUAAUGCUGCAUCAACAUCUCUUCUGAGCAGAGUCCUCAAUUCGCUUACCUCCAGAUCCAAGGAUGUCAACAGGCUGCAUCCUUCACCCACGACGUACACGAAUAGAAUAACAGACUCUAUAGAUCAAGGAUGUGUGCUAAAUUAGUGCUUGAAUCAAUUUCAAUUUGUUUGUAUUACAUUAUAAAACAAAAUAAAAACAAAGUCAAGUUGAACUGAUCAGGAAUGUUUAGUACUCUACAACAUUAGACAGAAAACUUAGGAUCAGACAAUGAAAGAAAUGAGCAUGCACUACUUUGAGAGUAUGUUAUAUCAUCACAGCACUGGGCAUUGAACGGCUGGGGUGGUUUUUUUUUAGUUGUUAGCAAUUACUGCUUUUCAUUUAUUAGGCUAAUCAGAAAAAUACUCAUUAAGUUAAGGACUACAUUUAUAAAACGUUCUUGCUCCGACAUUUCUCUGACAUGGUCUUAAGAUUCAGUGGAGGAUUUCUAGAAUAAUCUAGACUUAAUCUCUCUUUUUUUUUGUUUCUUAUUAUUUUGAACUAGUCUCGUAAUGAUGUGAAAAGAAAUUUAAUCUGAGGAAAAUAUAGGGCGUGAAAUCGAUUUUUUGUAUGUAAGCACAAUUUUUUUUGUUUGUUUAAGCUUCAGUCCUUCAAUUGUUGUGCACAGUGUUCGAUAAAAGAAUACUGUUAUUAAUUGAUUUAACUUGUACGAAGUGUUCAUUUUGCUUGAAUUCAGUCUUAGGACUUUGUUUUCUCUUGUACAGUUGAUAGUUAGUUAUUGAAGAUGUGUAAACGACAUUUCGCCUUUAUCUUUUCACCUCGGACUCCCACUGGGCUUUUAAUACGAAUGCUCAUUAUAAUGCUGCCUGCUGCAGUUGUCUACAUGUAUACUGUACUCUCUUCUCCAAGCGAUACUGUUAAUUCCAGGCCAUUAGAGAUAAAACAAAAUUCUCAUACCAAUGUUGCAGCGAAUACACUUACCUCCCUUACAGCCAAAACGGAAACGGAAGAACGUACUUUGAAAGUUCCUACAAUAAAACCGGAACUUCCCACACAUAAUCCUUUACCCAAUUUACAGUCAUUGACUGAAGUAGCAACAACGCCUACAACAUUAGCAAUGAGAACAUCAACAUUAGCAACUACAGAAGGAAUACUGGAAACUAUUAAAAAUACAAAUUCUGCCACAUCAAGAUCUAACGUGCCUGAACUUCAAAAUAAACCGGAGAGCGCCCAAAACACAACAACGACAAGUUUACCAAAAACGUUUCCUGAACAUUCUGCCAAUCCUCUAUUGAAUCCACCCUCGAUUGAAAAUAGAACAGAAGUUCCAUUGAAUCUUGGACCGUUCAUUCCGCCCAAAAAUAUGGAAUCUCCAUUCCUUGCUAAUAAAACUGACAUGCUAUUGACUCCGGGUCCUUAUAUUCCCCCUAAAAAUAUGGAAUUUUCAGACGACAGCCCAGUCAUCAGUCAAUUUAAAAUACAAACUGGAGUUUCGCCUGAUGUUUCUAAGCUGGAGGUCAAAUCAGCGUGCCCUUUCCCUACACUGGACGUGAAAGAUCCCGAUAUUAUGCAGUAUUACGUCAAAUAUCCCAAGCUGAAAUGUGACAAGGAACCUGACUGGGUCACACUUAAUAGGGGCGUGUUUGGUCUGACUAAGGCUGCUGUUGAGAAGCACGCCAACAUCAGCUGUGACCUCUACCCUAUACUUAAAUUAAGUGAUUUUAAAGUUGCUGAGGGUGAGCCUAUAAGGAAUGUCCAGCCAGAGACGACAAAUUAUCACGACUUCUAUAGAGUGACUUGCACAGCUGAUGGGGGAAGCAGUAACUACGAAAACUGGCAUGCGGGUAUUCGCUAUGAUGACACGAUACAGAAGCGAGAUGUAACACCGAAUCCUAGAGGGCUUGAUGUUGACGUCAUCAUGAUCGGCCUGGACUCCGUCUCGAGGCUGGCCUGGCAGAGACAUCUCCCACUGACAAGGGAUUACUUUGUGAAAGUCUUGAACGGAAUAGAAAUGGAGGGCUACAACAUUCUAGGGGACGGCACACCUGCAGCUUUGAUGCCUAUUUUGACUGGCAACCGAGAAGAGGAUCUCCCAGAAGCAAGGAGAGGCUACCCUGGAGCGCAGCACGUGGAUCACUUCCCUUGGAUUUGGAAAGACUUCAGAGAUGCAGGCUACGUCACGGCCUGGGGGGAAGACGUCCCACAUCUUGGGACGUUUCAAUUUCGAUUAUUAGGUUUCACUGAACAGCCCACCGAUCACUAUUACCGUUACUUCACUCUGGCCAUAGAGCAGUACUACUACAACCUGACUUCCUUCUGUUUGGGUUCGAAACCUCGCCACACAAUCUUUCUGGAGUACAUGAAGGAGCUGUUCUACAUUUACCCCAAGAAGAGGAAGUGGUUCUUUCUGUUUCACUCGGAGAUGUCACACAGAGACAACAACUUCCUCUCACAGAUGGACGAGGACCUCUAUGAACAUUUAAAGGGACUGCACUCAGAGAAACAACUGGACCAAGCCAUACUUAUCUUUCUUGCUGACCACGGGGCACGCUUCAGUACAGUGAGGGCCACUGCUCAGGGCAAACAAGAAGAACGACUGCCAUAUUUCGGUAUCAGAUUUCCAGAAUGGUUUCACCAAAAGUAUCCCAAUAUCGUCGAAAACGUGAAAACUAACAGCCAGAGACUGGUCACCCCUUUCGAUGUACAUGAGACACUCCAUGAAAUUUUACAUUUUACAGGAACAGAGAAAGCCAAUAUUAGCAAGAGGGGUGUCAGCCUGUUUAAACUUAUACCAGACGAAAGAAACUGUGAUUGGGCUCAUAUAGAUCCUCACUGGUGUGCUUGCAUGGAGUGGACCAAGAUAGGUCUAGAUGACCCUAUUCUGAAAAGAGUCACCAAAAAAAUCAUCUCCACUUUCAACAAUUUUACCAAGCCUUUCAGAAAAGAAUGCGCCAUUCUGGAAAUCAUUAACGUCACGUCGGCUGUGAUGCUGAAGGUCAAGGACGCUGUGCUGAGAUUUCGAGACACAAGUGACGGCGGAAGAGGGCGCUUUGGUAAAAUGGAUGACAAGACGGAACAUUCGAAAAUACUUUAUCAGGUUGUUCUAACAACCAAACCUGGUGAUGGAGUGUUUGAAGUGACAGUAACACAUCAGUUGAAAGAGAACAAACUGGAGGUGAACAAGAAAGACAUCAGUAGAACCAACAUAUACGGGAAUGCCAGUCACUGUGUGGUCAACAAGGAACCUUUUCUUAGACCUUAUUGCUAUUGUAAAGAUGUCAUGAAAACAUAAGAACAUUUUUACAAAUCAAAUAAUUUUUUUUUUACUAAUUAAAGAACAUUGAAAGGUUUUUGGAAAAUGCUAAAUUUAUACAGACGGACAAUUAUUACAUUUGUUUGGAACGAAAAGAUUGACAAUUUCUAGAAAUAACCUAUUAAAAAAAAGUUAUUUUUUGUUUAACAUUACAAGUUUAACAUUAAAUCUAUAUUCCUUUACUAGUCUUAAAAGCAAACCAGAAUUGAAAUCCUUUGAUAAAUUUAGUGUUCUAUUCACGCUGCGCAAAAAUGAAUGUGUAAUUGAUUGGGCUUUUGUUGUU